AUGUCCUACGAGAAGGGCGACCGCGACCGCGCGGACCCCUGCAAGAUCUACGUGGGCGGCAACCCCGAGAUGGAGGAGGACGAGCUGCGCGGCCUCUUCGCCAAGCACGGCACGGUCGAGAAGGUCUGGAUCGCGCGGAGCCCGCCCGGCUUCGCGUUCGUCUGGCUGACCGACGAGCGCGACGUGGCCGACGCGAUCAAGGCGCUCGACGGCGCCGAGCUCGGCCGCCACAAGGUCACGGUGGCCGUGGCCUCGGGCCCGCGCGAGCGCCGGCCGCCGCCGCGCGACCGCUACGACGACCGCUACGACCGCUACGACGACCGCCGCGACCGCUACGACGACCGGCGGCCGCCGCGCCGGCCCAAGGGCCCCGGCGGCUUCCGCGUCAAGAUCACGAACCUGGCGCCCGGCACGGACUGGCGCGACCUCAAGGACGCCUUCCGCCGGUCCGGCGACGUGCCGUACGCCGACGCGCGCGGCUCCGAGGGCAUCGUCGAGUUCAACUCCGAAGAGGAUCGCUUGCGCUGCCUGAAGGACUUUGACGGCACCGAGUUCCGCGGCCAGCGCAUCGGCGUCGAGAUGACGGAGGGCUCCACGGCGGAGUUCUUCGGUCGCACGCACGAAAAGUACCCGGACACGUACCCGCCGCCGCGGCGCCGCCACGAGAGCGACUACGACCGCCAGUACCGCCGCUCGCGCUCGCCGCCGCGCCGGGACGACUACGACCGCCGCGACCGCUCGCCGCCGCGCCGGGACCGCCGCUACGACGACUACGACGACCGCCGCCGCGACGACUACGACCGCCGGGACGACUACGACCGCCGCAGCCGCGGGGGCUACGGCUUCGACGACCGCCGCGCGCCGCGCGGCCGCUCGCGCUCGCCGCGCGACCGCUACGACGACCGCCGCUGAGCAUUUUAGUCACACCCGCCGGCCCGAGACGCGAGCGGCGGCUCCUGUCUUCUCUCUCUGGGGUGUAAGAAGGUCUAGUACUAUCCAAACCCGUGCGCUGCGCAUGCGCAGGCGCGGCUUCCAGGGCUCCCGCGCUUAGGAAAUGCUAGCGGCCUGUAAGACACUCUAGAGCAAGCAAGCUCGUUGUGGACAAACUGGGCAACCGAUCGAAAAAAUUGCCCAGAUCGAUCGAUAAACGCGCAAUUUAUGCUGGACUUUUAUCGCUCGUGAGCUCCUGGACUUUUUUUUUCCUCGCUGCCCAGAUUAGCAACUCACAAGUUCUGCAGCCUGCAGUGUCACAAGCUGGCGCACUACUCAACAAUCAACGCUGAGUCGGACGCUGCCGAGGCUGCAGCCGCGCGCGCGACGGCUGCACUGCUGCUCGCCGAGGCCAAAUGCGUCGGCGCGGUGCUCGCGCCGCCGGCGGUGACGGGGGCCGUCGUGGCAGCGCUGCGCGUGCGCGGCUGGCUGCGGCGUGGGCGCUCGGUCUGCUCGCACGGCGACGAUGAGAAAGCAGUGUUUCUGAACGCCGCGGGUGCAGCUGCACUCGCCCGCGCCGACGCCGCGGCGACGCUCGGCGUGGAGGGUAUCACCUUUGCACCAGGCUUACGUGUCGGCUCGCGCCCGUGCGGCGGCCCGCGCGGACAGCAAACUAACAGCGCGAUCUACUUGCUGCGAGCGACCGAGGCCAGCCGAACCAGGGCCGAGGGAAGUUUCCGCUUCGCCGAGCUCUUCGCGGGCCUCGGUGGCUUUCGCGUGGCCCUCGAGGCGCUCGGCGGCGAGGCUGCGUUCGCCUCAGAAAUCGACCCGCACGCGUGCUCCACCUACGCGGCGAACUUCGGCGACGUGCCGCACGGCGACAUCACGGAGAUCGACGCCGACGACGUGCCCGACCACGACGUCCUGACGGCAGGGUUUCCCUGCCAGCGGUUCUCCGUCGCGGGCGACGGCGCGGGCUUCAGCGAGGACCGUUUGUUCUUCGAGGUGAUACGGAUCCUGGAAGCGAAGCAGCCCCGCCUCGCAAUUCUGGAAAACGUCGAGGGCCUGGACGGGUUCGCGCGCCGCGUCGUCGUCGAAGCGUUGGCGCUGGUCGGUUACCGUGCGGAGCACCGCGUCGUCGACGCGCUCGCGCUGUUGCCGCAGCGGCGGGCGCGGCUCUACGUCGUGGCGCGGAGGCGCGACGUUGCGGUGGCGCCGUUUGUCUGGCCGCGCUGCCUCGCGACGCGCGACCGCUGCGCGUCCCCGGACGCCGCGUUCGGCAGGAGAUGUUUGUGCCGACGGGUUAGUAGGAUAGUGGGGGGCAGCUGCGCCGUCCGCGACGUCCUCGAGGCGGCGGCGCCAGCCGACGCGUAUCUGACGGCGGCGCAGGCCUCGGUGGUGGCGUCGACGGGAGCCGAUGCGGCGACGCGGCGGCUCGCGUGGCUCGACGGCGCCGCACGCACGCUGAUGUCGAACUACCGCCAGGGCUUCAAGUUCCAUUCGGAAUUUGUGCCCGGCGAACCGCCGCGCUUCUACACGCGGCGCGAGGCUGCUCGAAUCAUGGGCUUCCCGGACGCGUUCGACGUCGACAGCGCGGGAACCGUCGACAAUUCGGGCGCGAACCGCGCCUAUCAUCAGAUAGGAAACGCGUGCUGCCCGCCGGUCGUGUGCGCGCUCGCGGCGCCGGCGCUGACGGCCGUCGGUCUCCGUAGUAGUGCAUCGUGCGACGACCCGGCGCCCGAGGUUUUGGAGCUGCUCGGCGCGUCUGCCAUCGUCCACGAUUCGCCGCGGCCGGCGUGCGCGCCGCGGCCCGCUGGGUUUCGUACGCGACCCCUCGUCGUUGUCGUCCACGCGUUCGGCGGUCACCCCGAGAAGUUUUGGUACCCCGAGCUGGCCGCAACGCUUGCCGACGACGCCUGCGUCGAGGUUCUGCGCAUGACGGACCCGGCCACGCCGCGCAUCGACGCGUGGGUCGGGGAUCUCGAACGGCGCAUGGACGAGGCGGCGGCGGCAAACCGGGCCGUGUACUUUGUGGGCCACUCCGUCGGCUGCCAGGCGAUCGUGCGGUACCUAGCUACGCCUGCGGCGGCGUCUCUGCUGGCGGGGCAAAGCCUGCGGCUCGGAGGCGUCCUCUGCGUGGCGGCCUGGUUCUCCGUGGUCGAUCCGUGGGCGACGAUUGAGCCGUGGUGCGCGACGCCGAUCGACACGGGCGCCGCGCGACGCCUCAUCGAGGGCCAGGGCGCGUCGCUGGUCGUUCUGCUGUCCGACGACGACAAGUAUACCCCGGACCAUGCUUCAAACUCCAAACUAUGGCAGGAUCGGCUAGGAGCGACGACACGGACGCUGCCCGGUGCCGGGCACUUUGGCCGGCCUCGCCAGCCGCAGAUCGUGGCCGCGGUCCGAGAUAUGUUAAAGUGAUGUUUGUACCACAUACCUUAGUCACAGAACCCUCUAACACCGGCGACGCGUCUUGUCUCGGGCCGCGCCCGAUCCCAGAAGGGAUCGGGCGCGCGCCGUCAUGUGCGCGCGCACGCGAUGCGGGGC